UUCGUUCUCGUUUCACUUGUUUAAGUUGAAGUUUGUGUAAAUUGAGUCGAAAUACAGCGUAGUGCAGUUUAUAUAUUCCUCGUUGUGUCUGCUAAAAUCAAGUGAAAGUGCGGACAGGGGAAUUUACCAGGUUUACUUGCAAGAAAACAAGGUUACACCAGACGUCCGGUAAAUACCUGGCCAUUUUAAAGACAGAACACUUAAACGGAACUUCCACGUACUAAUACAAAAUACAAAAAUGAAAAAAAUAUUAGUUUAAACGUGGUUUUCCGAUCGGCCUGAUAGAUUCAUUGUUUCAUGGAGACCAUUCCCUUCAGCGUAAUUGUGUUUUAUUGAGUCAUUCGAUAUUGAUUUGAUUUGAAAAGACAAACGUGGCCCAGUAAUAAACAUGCAACGUACAUGAUGUUGAAGUUAAUAAAUUCUUCUUCCGAGGCAGGCUGUUUGAAAGUGCGGCUAAAAAUGAAGAUUCUGAUGGUGUUUGAUUUUGAUCACACUGUGGUGGACGAGAACUGUGACAUUUGGGUCAUCAAGUGUCUUCCGACGCAGACUCUCCCAGACUCCGUGGAGAGCACAUACAGGAGGGGCCAGUGGACUGAGUACAUGGGCAGAGUGAUGGCCUACAUAGGAGACCAGGGGGUCGCCCCCGACCGGGUCCGCAGCAUCAUGGAGACCAUUCCCUUCACACCCGGCAUGCCGGAGCUGCUCACAUUCGUAUCUGAGAAUAAAAGCACGGUGGACUGCAUCAUCGUCUCCGACGCCAACACCAUGUUCAUCGAAUGGGUCCUUCAGGGGGUGGGACUCCGGGAAGCUGUGGACCAGGUGUAUUCCAACCCGGCCAGCAUCAGCGAGUCCGGCUGCAUGGAGCUGCGGCCCCACCACUCGCACCAGUGCGCCAAGUGCCCCGUCAACAUGUGCAAGAAAAAAGUCCUGGAGACGUACCUUUCCGAGAAGGCAGACGGCGGCGAGGUGUACGGGCGGGUGCUUUACGUGGGGGACGGCGGGAACGACCUCUGUCCCGCGCUCUGUCUGAGUGAGCGUGACGCUGUGAUGCCCAGGAAGGGCUACACCCUGGAUAAGAUGCUGACCCGACUAAGAGAUGAGGAAGGCAACGGCUCCAUUUCAGCUAAAGUCAUUCCAUGGAGCAGCGGCACUGAGAUCCUGCAGGAACUCAGAGACAGUCUGCAGUCUCAAUGAUCCACAUCGUGCAAAAGAUUUUAUUAUGGCUCUUAUAUUUUUAAUUAGAACUAAAGAAUUUGUAGGGAUGAAGUGAUUUUAUUAUAAUAACAACUAAGCCUAUCGCAGUAAACAAUCAAUUAAUUGCAUGAUCAAUUAAAACGAGCUUGAUCAUUUCCAUUCUGAUGAUUAAUAUUUUUCGAAGGGCAAUUUUGUUUACAGAGAUUUUAGAACCCGUUUUAUCGAUGAUUUUGUUUGUGUUUUAUUUGCUCUUUAUUGUUUUUGGUUGUUAAGUUUUAUUUUGGAUAUUUAAGAUGUCUUCCAGUUCCAGUGUGAAGUAUUUUGUGCAAAAGGAAAGUUUAUUAGUCUUUGAGAGGGCCAACUUGCAUUACUGUGGGAUUACCAGUAUAUUAGUUGAAAAUGGUCUCAAAAUGACAAUAUUAUUGUUUAUAACAAUAACUUCUAGGCCAGUUUUAUCAUCCAGAAAAUUUUGUUAAGAACUACAUCAUUUAAAAGAAAAAGAUUUUAUAGCUAUGUUAUGCCUUUAUGGAUAUUUGAGAAUAUAACAAAAGUAAAUUUAUCUUGACCAGACGAGAGCACGAAAGAAUAACAAAAGAAAUACUUUUUAGUUAUCGGUGUGAGUUUUAAAUGAGAUCCCUUCUCACUUGUUUAGGGUUUCCUGUCUAGCUUGAAAAUCUUUAUGGUUACCAUGAAGAACCAGAAAACCCCCCCGACAUUUUUGUGCCACACAUUAUCUUUUAUGUUCUAAUAUUCUGAAACUGGGCUGCACAGUGGCGCAGUUGGUAGAGCUGUUGCCUUGCAGCAAGAAGGUCCUGGGUUCGAUUCCCAGCCGGGGAUCUUUCUGCAUGGAGUUUGCAUGUUCUCCCUGUGCAUGGUGGGUUCUCUCCAGGUUCUCCGGCUUCCAAAAACAUGACUGUCAGGUUAAUUGGUUUCUCUAAAUUCUCCCUAGGUGUGAGUGUGUGUGUGUGAAUGGUUGUUUGUCUUGUAUGUCUUUGUGUUGCCCUGCGACAGACUGGCGACCUGUCCAGGUGUACCCCGCCUCUCACCCGGGACGCAGCUGGAAAUAGGCACCAGCAACCCUCCCGACCCCAUUUAGGGAAGAAGGGUGUAAAGAAAAUGGAUGGAUGGAUGGAUAUUCUGAAACUCAAUAUUCAAAUCAUUGUGUUUCCAUCUGAUUACAGUUGGCUAAACCUGGCCUUGUGUUAGCCUCAUGAAAAUAUUUACCUUUGUGGGAUGUAACAUAUUUGUGAGUUAAUUGAAUUUGUCUUGUGAUUUCUAUGUUAAUUAUUUGAACUUUUGGAAAAUGUCAGAAACGCUGACUGUAGUUGUUUUGGUUUGAGAGGAGCUUUGGAACCAGCUUUUUGAAAAUUGUGGUUUAUAUAACAACACACAACUUUAUUCUUAUAAAAAAAUAUUGAAAGAACAACCAAUUUCUGCUUAUUAAUCUCACAAAGUCACUAAAUUUAGUGUAUUGUAAACAGUGUUUUGCUCCAUUGCAAUUUAGUGAUGCAUCAUUUUCAGAAGUCACUUGAAUGUUAAAAUUCAUUAGGAAAAUAAUUGUCUCAGUUUGAGUUAGUCCAGUUGUGAUUCAUUUGUUUGUUAGUUAACUUUUUUUUUUUUUUUUGAAUUGCAGGAGAUUAAACUGCUUGUGUUUGAACAUUUAUUUCUGGUUGAGAAGAUCUGUUUUGUUUUCUUUUGUUCGGAAAUUUGGAAAAAAUCGUCAGCGCCUGAUCCAGUCUUCAGAAAAUGCCUCAAAACACAUCUGGUCUCCUUGGAUACGUUGCUUGUAAUCAAACUUUAAUGCUUGAAGAUUAAAUAAAUAAAUAUUUCUCCAGUUACUA